UAUUGACAAUAUUAUAAUCUAUUUCCAGCAAUCCACGUGUGCCCUGCUCCUCCAUGCCCCAAAUCGAUUUGAGCCAAUGGCGUGAAAAUGUACAAGGUUGUCAGAUUGGCAACAGACAUGUGCGCGUUGGUGAAUCUGCAUUCCCCUCACCAUGCACCAGCUGUGUAUGCUCCAGCGAAGGGCCACAAUGUGCUUCACUGCGCAUCACCGACUGCGGCCAACUGAUUCGCCAAUGGCCGAAAGAAGCCAUUCUACGCGACGAAGUGUGCAACUCCCAGUGUGGCAUCUACUUAAAUGGCAAUGGAAACUUUGCGCAGGCGCGCCAGGCAUCUGUGCAGGCACCAGUGCGCGUGCAACGCUCACGCCCACAGAACAUUUUCAAAUUCCCCGAUCUAACACCAUUUAUUGCGUCCCUGUAAAUUAACUCGAAAGCCCAUAAAAUAUAAAUUAACUUAUAUACGUAUAAACGGGAAAAAGUAGCGAUUGAAGGAAACAAAUGAGUGACCACGUUGCUGAAAAACCGCAACAAAAGGCAAACACUUUUUGAGCAAAGCUAUUUAAUUAACAAUAAGUUAUUAUGACGUUUACAGCAAAAGGGGAAUAUAACAACAAAAUAAAAUGUGCGCAACCAGUAUAUUGCACAUACGAUCCUUACGCUUAGCGUAAGAGCGUACAGCCUACAGCCUACAGCCAAUAACUAAUUAAAAUUAAUUGUAAAUAAUAUUAAAGAGAACCUACUACCACUACACACAUAUACUUAGUUGCCUUGCAAGUGACUGCAGGCGUACAUCUAAUAUUGGUAUGCACUGUAGUGUGUAAAUAU